CUCAGAUCAAAGUGACGAUCAUAAUAUCUUGAAAUCCCAAAUUCAAGAUUUACACUAUUUACACUGCUUGUUCUUCAUAGUAGGAACCUAGUUAUUAUCCUGGUCAAUUCCCAAAGAACAAAUUGGCAUCACCAAACAUGGCUGCGUCCUCGCCAGAUACUCGCUACACUUACAAGCUAUAUACAUACUUCAGGUCAUCAUGCUCCGCACGAGUUCGCAUUGCAGCCCACUCCAAAGGACUUCCACUGGAGUACUCAUUUAUCCAUCUCGUCAAAGGCGAUCAACUUGAAAGUGACUAUUGCACUUUGAACCCUUCAAAAUCUGUCCCAACAUUGGUUGUCAUCGACAAGCAGACGGGCAAGGACAUCCUCACCAUCAGACAAAGCGUGGCUAUUCUCGAAUAUAUUGAAGAAGCCCGACCAGAUCUACCACCAUUGCUGCCGCCCAACGAUCCAAUUGGGAGAGCCAAAGUCAGAGAACUGGUCAACAUCAUCUCCAACGAUGUCCAACCCAUCACCAAUCUCCGCACCCUCUCUUUUGCAAAGGAACGUGGCGUUGAUGGACCGGAAUGGCAGCAGCAUUUCAUGAAGCUGGGUUUCAACGCCUACGAACAACUGUUGAAGCUCUAUGCCGGUAAAUACAGUGUUGGCGACCAGGUCACCAUGGCUGACUGCGUCCUGGCACCUGCUGUCGACGGUGCCGUGAGAUUUGGUGUAGAGGUCGAGCAAGACUUCCCCACUAUUUGGAGAGUUUGGCAAAAUCUGAACGAACUCGACGCCUUUCAAAAGGGCAGAUGGAAUGCUCAGGCCGAUACACCAGAAGACCUUCGGGGCAAAUGAAUCAUCUACUCGCUUUCGUAGAUGACUACCAAUGAUAUCACGUGGCUCUACAGAUGCAUUGUGUUCCGCCCUAUCAAUCUCAGUAUAUUACGGGGGAGUAUACGACCAUCCGCUUUCAACGUCUUUCUGGCCAACGUCGUCACGAACUAUACGGACUCUCUUUGUCCAUUUUCUACCUGGAGCCCAUGAAAAGUCGACUUCAAUGAUCCUACUACGUUGAUGAGUGACCAGGAGCAGUGGUUUGACCCUCUUGACUCGACCUUCUGCGUACUCUUCUAGACCUCAAAGAACUUCUGUUCCAUCAAGUUUGUCUUUGUAUACAUGAGCAUUAGUCCUUAGCUACCGAAAAAAAAUGCCAGGAACAGCUAUUCCACAGACGCAAACGGUUUGUUCAGAUGAAGUGAUUCGACCGCCUUCUUAGUGCCGGCCGUUUUCAUCUGAGAGCUCGG